AUGAACGGUGGUUGUGGACUUCUCAGUCUUACUUUGACAGUCUUUGCACUCGCGGCGUCAUGCAUUCAAAUACCGACGAAAGACCACCAAAACCGUGGAUAUUUUGCUGUCCAAAGUAAGCUGAGCUCAAAGGAGCUUUUGGCUCUGCAUCCCGACUGGACUUUCGAGCACGAUGUGCGGGCGCUUGAAAAUCACUACGUAUUUUCCCACAGUAGCGAAGCAAAGAAGAGUGAGAUUUAUGAGAAAAGGGAAUUUAGCGGAAUUGAAAUGAUCCAUGAACUACCGCCAAAGCGCCUGAAUAAGCGGCUUCCUGUGUCGGAUUAUCCAACGGAUUCAAGCUCUGCCAGGCUUUGGGACGUCAAGGAAAAACUGGAUAUAGCAGACCCACUUUUCGAGAGACAAUGGCAUCUGAUAAAUUCAAACUACCUUGGAAAUGACGUAAAUGUAACUGGACUUUGGUUCGAAAAUAUAACAGGACAGGGGGUUGUUGCAGCAGUGGUAGAUGAUGGACUUGACUACGAAAGUGAAGAUUUGAGAGACAAUUUUAGUGCGGAGGGAUCUUGGGAUUUUAAUGAUAAUGGCCCUUUACCUAAACCUCGUUUGAAGGACGACUACCAUGGGACUCGAUGCGCAGGAGAAAUAGCUGCGGUCAGGAAUGAAGCCUGUGGAUUAGGCGUAGCAUAUAAUGCAAAAGUUGCCGGAAUUAGAAUUUUGUCGGGAGAAAUAACAUCUGAAGACGAAGCCGCCUCUUUAGUUUAUGCGCUUGACACAAACGACAUAUAUUCGUGUUCUUGGGGCCCAUCUGAUGAUGGAGCGACAUUACAAGGGCCUGACGACCUUGUGAAAAAGGCAAUGAUUCGGGGAAUUACCUCUGGAAGGAAAGAAAAGGGAGCCAUUUAUGUUUUUGCUAGCGGAAACGGUGGUGUUUUUGAUGACAAUUGUAAUUAUGAUGGGUACACUAAUUCAAUUUAUUCAAUUACAGUUGGUGCCAUCGACCAUAAGGGCUUGCAUCCACCCUACGCUGAAUCUUGUUCCGCUGUUUUAGUCGUCACGUACUCGUCUGGGUCGGGUGAGUUUAUACACUCUACAGAUAUCAAUGGCGGAUGUAGCGAGACCCACGGUGGGACUUCAGCGGCUGCCCCGUUGGCCGCUGGCAUUUAUGCCUUGGUAUUGGAAGCAAAUCCUGACUUGACCUGGCGAGACGUUCAAUAUCUAACAAUUCUUUCAUCAGUUGAGAUUAAUACCGAAGAUGGGCUCUGGCAACAAGGGGCUCUUGGAAAGCGCUAUUCUCACAAAUAUGGCUACGGAAAACUAGACGCAUAUCGAAUAGCACGCCUGGCGCGAGAUUGGGAAAAUGUCAAUCCACAAGCAUGGUAUUACUUGCCAACCACGCCGGUCGACAAAAGCUCCAAGUCCGCCUCGGAUGAAAUUCAUUCUACUGUGACUGUGAGCGAGGAAGAUCUGAAGCGUUUUAAUCUGAGGCGCAUUGAGCAUAUUACUGUUACUAUAAAUCUCGAGACCACUUUUAGAGGUCGUACGGUGGUCGAUUUAGUUUCGCCUUCCGGAAUGGUUUCAAAUCUCGGCGUUCCUAGACGCGGUGAUAACUCACCUCAAGGCUUUAAGGACUGGACUUUUAUGUCUGUAGCUCACUGGGGUGAGACAGGUGUUGGAGACUGGAAGCUCAUCGUCAAAACAAUAAACGAUGAUAACAAUGUCACGUUGAAGGACUGGAGGCUGAAACUUUUCGGGGAAGCGAUCGAUGCGCAAAAAGCUGCAAAGUUCGAAUUUGGGAAUGAUAGAGAAUUUGUUGGAUCGUCUACGGGAGUAAUGUCUGGAGAUGGUGCGCAGAAUGCGGCUUAUUCCACGAUCUCCUUGUCGAGCCUCGCUCAGAGCCCCACAACAACCCCUAUGACGUCCACGCAAGACCCAGCUGAAACCGAAGAGCUUAUCCCUAGCUCCACUGCGGUGGCUGAUGAACAUGGCACAAAUAAGGGCAAUGUCAUUAACAACUCAUCAUAUGCAAUGCAUUACUUCAUUGCGCUCUUCGUGGUGAGUGCAAUAUUCCUUGUAAUGUAUGUGCUUUUCUUUUCAAGAUCGAGAAGACGCAUUAGAAGGACUAGAGCAGAAGCUUACGAAUUUGAUAUCAUCGACACAGAUUCAGAAAACGACUCUUCCUUGGAUAGCUCUCGAAACACGACAGCACCCAUGAUAGAUGACAGCACCGAAUUCGAUUUCGAUUUGUCAGACGAGGAACUUUUGAGAAGCUCCAGUAAUUCUCCAAUCAAUCAACAUGUGUCAGCUGCCCCGACGAAUAUUGAUGCUGUGAUGGAAAAUAUCACACAGGAAUCAACGAAAGUAUCAGGUGCUGGACUCACUGGCGAAACGAAAAAUCCUCAUUGA